CGCACUGAGUUUGCUGAAGGAGACACGAGCGGACGCACGAGGCAGCUGGAGUGGAUUAAGAGCGAGGGAGACGCGCGUGCCAUUACGCAUCAGGCUGCUCCGGUGUGGAGAGCAUCGGUUCAACCAGCGCGCGGGCUGAUUGUUAUUUCUGUUCUCACUCGUGUUAAUGUAGAGGAGGAGCAGGGGGAGCAGAGGAGGAGCGGGAGCGGCGCUACGGGCACCGUCACACACACCGAGCACCGGGGAAAGUUGGAGUAACGCGGGCGGACGGUGCGGGAAGGAGCGCGUGGAUGUUUAACGUCUAACACCGAGGAAAGUGUUGGUUGUUUCUCCGCGCGUGGACCGACUCCUCCGGAUGAACCGUGGAUACUCACACACGCGCUGCUGCACCGGAAUAUGCGGUCCUUAACGGACUCUGCCAACACUUGUCCCUGUGUGCGGGUUUGAGUCCACCGAGCGGAGUCCGGGCUCCCUCCCGGUCCACACCGUCUCCAGGGCCAUCUGCUCACUCCACCAUGUCGGCGGCAGUUUCACCGGUUUCCAGCGCAGAGCGGGAGCGACAGUGAGACACACCGGGAGGCAGAGAGAGAUACACGGCGUGAACCGGACCGGACCGGACCGGACCGGGCGGCGCGGGAGACCGAGCCUUUGAUCCGCCUUCAUGACUUGUGGAUUUACAGCUGCACGCGACAUGAUCCUGAUUACUGUCAUCACUUUGGUGUUUGUGUUGGAUGUGUGUGUGUGUGACUCGGAGCUGGGCUCCCCCGGGUGGAGGGAACCUCUGGACUGCGUCCGAGCCUCUGAACUGUGCAACCAGAACAGCCAGUGCAGCUCACGUUACCGGAUCAUGCGCCAGUGCCUGUCCGGCGGGGACAAAGAGCGCAGCACCAUGCUGGCCUCCAAGGAGUGCCAGGGGGCGCUGGAGGUGCUGCAGGACUCGCCGCUGUAUGACUGCCGCUGCAAGAGAGGCAUGAAGAAGGAGCUGCAGUGCCUGCAGAACUACUGGAGCAUCCACAUGGGUCUGACUGAGGGGGAAGAGUUUUACGAGACAUCUCCCUACGAGCCGAUUCAUUUCUCAGAGGAAUUCCGACAUGCCUCCAUCAUCUCAGAUUCGUCUCUAUCCAAGAUGAGCCCCUGCUCUGAGGCCGGGAAACCCUGUAACCCCUGUCUGGAUGCGGCGAAGGCCUGUAACCUUAACGAAACGUGUAAACGCCUACGAUCUGCCUAUAACUCCAUCUGCAGCAAGGCCACACCCCCUCAGCCCUCUCUGGCCAAUCAGGAGCCGUGCAGCCGGAAAAGAUGUCAGAAGGCCCUGCGUCAGUUCUUCGAGCGGGUCUCAUGGGAGCUGAGCUACCCUCUGCUGUUCUGCUCCUGCCCGGACCAGGCGUGUGCCGAGCGCCGCCGCCGCACCAUCGUCCCCUCCUGCUCCCACCAGGAGAGGCACAAGCCCACCUGCCUGGAGCUCCGACGCAUCUGCCGCUCCGACGCUCUCUGCAGGUCUCGGCUCGCUGAUUUCCACAUGAACUGCCAGAUGACAUCUCACACCGUCACCAGCUGCCCUCAUGACAACUACCACGGCUGCCUCAUGUCCUACGUCGGCCUCAUUGGCUCUGAUGUAACGCCGAACUACAGCGACAGCAGUCCAUCCAACAUCACCAUGAGCCUGUGGUGUACUUGCAGGGGGACCGGCAAUCAGGAGCGUGAGUGUGACGCUUUCCACCGGGACUUCACACACAACACCUGCCUCAAGAACGCCAUCCAGUCGUUUGGUUACGGCUCAGAGGGAGGGACUCUUCUUGUCACCGAGCCGUCGUCCACCUUCUUACCCCCCGCCCAGCCGCCAGUCAUCUCCAAACCCGCUCCCUCUCUGCACGGCAACGCAAUCAAACCCAUGGACAGUGCUUGUAUGUUCUCCACCUGUGCCAACCUGCAGGACGGAGGCCAGAAGUGUGUCCCCUCCGAUGAGUUUGAGUGUGAGGAGGCUCUGUUGGCUCAGGGGUCAAUAGACUCUCAGGACUCUGCAGGACCGAAGAGCAGCAGCCGGCAAUCAGCUCCACUCCUCCACCACGUCUCUCUGACUGUGUGUGUGUCCAUCCUGCCAACGUUUCUACUCCUCGUCUCAUAAACACGAACUCACGCUCACAUACAAACACCCACCCACACACAGACACACACACACACACACUCACACACUCACACAUACACACUCAGAAAUGGCAAGACCCAGAGAAAGGCACGUGACUCGUCGCCCUCCGCUACGAGAAAAUGUCAACCGACAGACGUCCAAACAUCAACAACAGGCUUUCGAGGAGGGAGAGUGUUCUGGAGGACGUUCAGAUUAGCCGUGUCUCUCCACACACAAACACACAGACGAUGAGGAAGAGGAAGCUGGACGGUGUCUUCUUUGAGAGAGAAAUAACAAAGGCAGAGACAGAGGGACUCGUGGGGAUUUCGGAUCACAGCGACUUCAUUUCCAAUGCUCCCUGUCUGGAGGGUUUGUGUGCUUUUUGUGCAGCCCGGCUCUGACUCACUCCCUCCAGCUUUUUUGGAUCUGAGACAGCUGGACUGAAAACACAGGAACACACACACAUGCACAAACACAUACACACACACACACACACACACACACACACACACAUUCGGACAACAAGUUUUAAAACCGGCAGCGAGCGAGAGAGACGAUGGGCUUUCUAGGCUGGACAGAUGGGGUAGAUCCUUCCACGGUGUUUGUCAGCUCCAUUUAUCACUCCCCUGGACCUCUCUCGUGGCAAGAAAUCUAUACCACAUACAUUCAAAGCACAAACACACACACACACACACACACACACAUGCACACUGUCGCCGUCCCCUUAGACCUCGUUAGCGGGCAAACAGGGUCCCCACACGGACACAAACACUCAUGCUGUACACCAGUGUGCUUUUUGCGGGUCUUUAUCUUAAUUUUGUCGUCGACAUUCUGUACAAACUUCAUUUAAUGUGGAAUAUGAAAAAAGUCCAUCCAAUGAAAUCUCAAUGGGAGAGUGUAUAUUUCACAUUCUGUAAGUGUAUAGUUGUGUGAGCGCAGUGUGUGUGUGUCUUUCUUUGUUUGUUGGGGAGUAUGUGUGUGUGUGUGUGUGUGUGUGUAUGGCAGCAAAGAAAGGCUGGAAGGGUUCAAAUCUUAUAAGCAGCUGAAAGACGACGUGUGAAACUGUAUCUCUGCUGAACUCUUAGUGUUGACAUUGAAAUACCGCUGAACUGAUGGCACUGGAAUAUUUUACCUUCGGAAACCAUUAACGCCGUUUGAAUCCCCAUCUGUGAAAUUUUCAAGUUCAAAAACUGAAGUUUGAAGAGAAACUCAUACUCCGAGCUGCAGCUUGAGCAAAUAGACCCUCUAGGGCCGUCGUCACGAUGACAUCAUGUUAUCACCUGCAGGUAAAACUGCCCCCCCAUCCCACAAACACACAGCUGAAGGCUACAUAGGAGUCUUAAAAUGUCACCACAGUGUAAUUAUGCAACAGUUCAGUAAUAUGCUAACAUCGUUCCUCAGAGACAGGGUCGUUCCUUCUGUUUUGUUGGUAAAAAGACCCAAAACCAAACACUGAAAACUGAUCCCCAACAAACCUUACGGUGCGUUUAGUUCAGUUAUAUCUGAUCAUAUGAACAAAUGUAAAAGCUUUAACACUUGGAUUUGUUUUUAAUCAAAGAGCGACUAAUAAUUUGAAGAGGAAAGUUUGACUCUAAAAGUUUUGAGCUGAAACGCCGUUUGGUUUCAUCAGUCAUCACUAAAUCGAUUAUUGUGUAUCGAGCCUGAUCAGAAACCUUUUUGUCUUUCAUGCUUCAGUUCAGCUGUAUUUAUAAUUCCACAUUCAACAGUUCAUCAUGACGUCUUCAGUUGCUUAUAACAUUCAAAUAAUUUGGUCCUUUUGUUUUUUUUUUUGCUUUCAUGAACGUGUUUGACCUCUGUGUGUGUGUAUGGGUUCUUCGGUGUGUACGUUACCUCUGGACACUCUGUGGGAUAUUUUUUAUGUUUCAUAGACAAUGCAGGACGUGGAACGUGAGUGAAGGCCUGUUGUGCUGUGAGACGGCCACGGGGUCGGUGUCCCGAGGGGUCGUCACGUCCUGUCCUCCGUCAGCUGGAAGUAAAAGAGAGAUCAGUUUCUGUGACUAUGGUGUGGCCUUACUUUACUGUUCUUUCUUACAUACUUGAAAGAGAGACGAUGAGUAUUAGCGCCCCGCUAGCGGUCGAGACAAAGGUGAGAUGUCCAACAAUUGGUGCUGAGUCACAAUGAUAUUAAAUGAGGUGUCGGGGCGUCGGUGGCUUAGUGGUAGAGCGGGCACCCCACUGCAUGUCAUCCCCCCCUUCUCUCUCUCUCCCCCUUUCACACUUACCUGUCCUGUCCAUUAAAGGCAAAAUGCCCCAAAAAAAUCUUUAAAAAAAAAAAAUGAGGUGUCCGUAUUCAUGGUCUCCAGAGGACGAAUCCUGAGGAUUCUGUGGAUCCCCUGAGCUUUUCACAGAACAACCAUCAGGACCAAUUUAGCUUUUGAUCAACAUUUAGUAAGAAACCUUAAAGGCAAUACACUGUUGAUGCAUAUGGUCCUCAGACUGAUAAAAAUGUUUCUAUAGGGAUGUCAAAGGAUAACCCUUAAUCGUGACACAUAUUGGUCUAUGGGUUAAUUUUGCUACUCUUCAUUUAUUGCACCAGCCGGGUCUGAUGUUGUGAGAGCUAGCUGGUGGCGUCACUCAUUCAGCAUUUAAUGCCAGUAACGCCAUCCUGACCCAACAGCGUCACUGUGGAAUGACAGUGGCCACCCUCCUGUUUCCCCCCAGGGUCGCCUUAGUGAGUAAGCAGCUAAAUUUUGAGCCACAAACCCUCUUUAGCAUUGUUAACACUGUUAGCACGACUAAUGGUGCUACAUAGUUAAUGAUGCUAAAGGGGUUCGUUGCAUCUCAAAAUUAAAAUACUUAGUCACCAGGGUGACCUGGGGGAAAACUGAAUGGUAGCCAACCUGUUUCUGCAACAACACCACCUUGCGCCGCUAGCUAGCUCCUACAAGACCUGUAUGGCGUGCAGUGCAGAACAGCUAAGGAUUUUGUUAUCUAACCAGUGGAGACCGGAGGGUGAGCAAUGGGAACUAUGUUGCCACGUUAACAUGGCUAGCUGUCUGUUAGCAAAGACAGCAGAAAAUAAAAGUCAAAACAUUUAAAUCACCUAACAUAGAAAAAAUGUGACCACCUCAAAAUGUCUAACACUUUGAAAUGCAGGGCUAAAACUGACUGAGUCAGUGGAGCGCCAGACAAAAAGGAAAGGACUUUUGUUUUUAGUGUCAGUUUGCUUUUUCUCCCCUCAAAUAUCAGACGGUUAGUUACUGGUUAACAGGUGCUGGGCUUUCAAAAGCAAAAUUAGACACAGAUGACAUCCCUGACAAAUCUGUUUAGUACAGAAAGCUUUUUAAGAAGGUUGGUGGUCUACGUAUUUUCAUACAAAUUAAUUUUAUCUUACAGCAAAUUAAAAUAAUAUGAUUUUUCCAAUUUCACUUGUCCUCAAGUAAAAUACCAAGAAACCUUGUGAUUAGAGAGAUUAGAUUAGAGAUUUGUUUCCAACGAAAAAUUAUUUAGUAGAUAUAAAAUAACUUCUUUUUUUGCCAGUUAAUAUUAUUAAAUUACAUUCACAGAUAUUUAAAUAAAGUUUGUUCAAUUUAAACGACUUAGAAAUCUAAUUCCAACAUCGCCUCAGAAAUAAGUGAUUUUUGUGGAAGAAACAAGCAAAAAGUAACAAAAAACAAAGAUUCAGUGAGCAGUUAUUAAAGUAAUGAGAACAAAAGGGGCCCAACAAUGGAUCCCUGUGGAACACCACAUGUAACUUAAAGCCAUAAAGUGAUAACAAGAAGCAAAACACUAUGAACAACUGUUGGGAACCACUGCUUUGGCGCACCCUCAGGGCAAACUUCAGAUUUUAAAUCCUUCUACUGUUGAGGGUCUAAAGAAAAGCUAAAUUAUGAGUAUAUUCCUCUGUUGCAAACCUUCAUUCUGCAGCAUCUUACGGCCGCUAGCGGGGCUAUACGCUCUGUGAUUAUGUGGAGAGAAAGAGAAACGAGAGGACGAGAGGAGGAAAAAGGUGAAAGUGAGGUUGUAAAUUUGCUGAUAUAUUUGUAAACUUUAACAGCGCUACAGCAGUGUAACUGAAAUCUGUGUCUGGAGAUCUAAAUAAAAGUAACAUCUGUAACAACA